AUGACAUCUGCUUUUCGUUCAUGUGUACCAAGUUAUUAUUCUAAUAGAACUCAGUCAAUAAGAAGUGAUGUAUCACAAACUAAUUCACUAUUAUCGAUUGAUAAUAAAGAUAUUCAAUUUGAUGAUGAUGAUGAAGAGGAUGUUGCCUAUUCAAGAUGUGAUGAUUUAAACGACAAUAGAUGUAAUUCAUUAGAAACAGAUUGGGAUGAUGAAUGGGAACAAAAUUGGUCGAAUAAUACUAGCAAAACUUCAAAUAAACGUCUGUUAAAAGCAACAACAAUAAAUACUACUGUCCAGGCAGAACCUAAUAUAAAAGAUUCAUUAACAGAUCAACAUAUUUGCACGUUAGUACAUGCCCUAUUGCAACAACAAGAACUCGAAUGUCAUUGUAUAAAAUCGAAGGAUGAAACAGAAAUAACAUCACCAACGUCAAUAAAUAGAAAAAAGCAAAGUUUAGUAACAAGCAAAAAACGAGUAAAUCGAAAUAACAAUAAAAAGACGAUAAAACAUCGUGAUAAUAUAUCGAGUACUAGUUUAUUAUUCGAUACAUCAGCAAAAACAAAUUGCAACGUUGAAUUAAAUAAAAAACCAUUUCUAUCUCGUAUUGUUGGCACAAUAUUUGGUUCAGAUUUAGAACGUCGAAUGGCAGAUGGAUUACGUGCAAGAGAAAAAGAAUAUAACGCUGGUGAUCGUAUACUAUCAAAAGAAAACUUAACAAAACAAAAUAUUAUUUCAGCGGAAAAUAAUAAACGAAUAAUAUUCAAAAGGAGAUUUGAAGAUACUGAACAACAACCAUUAGUACCUAAACGAACACAAACAAUAUUAAAACGAAAUAAACAACAACAGUUAACAAAUACUCAGACAGAUAUGAAAAAACGACCAAAUAUAUCAUUUAAACAAGUACAACGAACAUUAGCUAAACAGCCACAACAACAAAUAACUAAAGCAAAAUCAACAGACGAUCCUGUUGUUCAUAUAUCUUCACUAGCAAAACAGCAAGAACAAUUUAAAGAAAAUGAACAACAUUUACGUUCAUUAGUGAAUUUAUUAAGUCAAAUUGAAUCGAGCGUUCGUAUAGCUUCAUCAGACCCACAAAUGGUCAAUGAAUCAAAGAAAAAACAUUCAACUAACAUUGAACUUCGUAGAAAUGUAAGCGAAACGAUACUUUCAAAUGGUAUUGAUGAAACAGAAUUAACUCCUGAACAAGAAACAGAUAACAAUUUUGUCCAUGAAAAAAAAAUUAUCAAUGAUAAUCGACAAAAACGACAGUCAUCGAUUGAUACACGUUCGUUUCUACCCGCAGAUAACUGCGACAGUGAUCUAGCACUCAACAAUAACGAGACAAAAAUGAAUCAAUUACAAAAUCAACUUGAUAAUAAAAUUUAUUCUCAAACUAAUUUAAUUAAACCAUCGAUGAAUACCUACAAUCAUAAUUGUGAGCAAAUAGCUCGUAAUAACAAUAAAAAUGACGAUACAUCACCAACCGAAGUUAGUAUAAAAGAAAAUGCUCCUUAUAAAGGAUCAAAAUGCUGUCCUAGCUUAGGGAAAACACAAAAAACACAAUUUUCUACUAUCAAUUCUAAUUUAACGAAAGCAAAAUAUCGUAAUGAACCAAUAUCGUACACAAAACGUUAUAUACCGUCCAAAAGUCGUCAUGAGUUGAGGAGAAAUUCAACUAUGAAAAUUUCAACAUUAACGAAAACAAAAAAUAAUCGAACAUGCAUUACAGAUUGUAAUUCAAAUCAAUCAAAUGAUCACUCAUCACUUUCAUCACAUGGUUAUCUGUUGAGGAGAAGAAAUUCAGAGGGAAGAGUAACAACAACCGUACAAUCCAAACACACGUAUAACACUCCUUGUAAAAGACAAUCGUCGAGUCAUUAUCAGCAACAACAACAACAACAAAAACAUUUAUCAUAUGCACAACAAGAAACCAAGGCUUGGAAACAGAUUCGAAGUCAAUUAACAUCUGAGAAUAAAAAAGAAAUCAAGAGUGCUAUUGACGUUAUUUAUAAAAAUUUAUUUGGAAUAGCAGAUUAA